AUGAGCAUUUGCAACAGCAGCCUAUGUGAAAACGGAGGAAGCUGUGUCAGCGUCGGUGAAAACUACCUGUGCAUCUGUCCUCCGGGGGUGGACGGCAAGAACUGUGAGGUGUUGCCAAACCCUUGUGCCAAUUCUGCGUGCAGCAACGGAGGUUCUUGUGUUGCGAAUGAGUCAGAGACGAAGUGCAUUUGCCCGAAAGACUACACCGGUCCCAUGUGUCAGUACAAAACAAGUGCUUGCAACGAUGACUUGUGUUUAAAUGGCGGAAAAUGCUUAGAGAAGGAUUCCAGGCCCUGGUGCUCCUGUUCCGCCGGUAAAACUUUGCUGAACGACGAUUACCUUUCAGCAUUUACCGGUGAACACUGCGAGGUUGUAAUCGAUCAUUGCCAGACAUCCCCUUGUCCCUCGUUUUCUUCAUGUGUGAACCGACCGGACGGUUUCUACUGUCAGUGUCCAUUGAACGCCACCGGUGCAACCUGUAAGAAGAACGUUUCAACUGAUUACGACCUGAAUUUCAUCGGCCGUUCUUCGCCUGCCUCUGCAGCUCUUGAGGUUCCAUUUGUCCUCAAGGCCUCGGAGCUGACCAUCGCCAUGUGGGUCAGGUUCUCCCAGGCGGGAGAAAAAGCUACAUUCUUUACCCUAUAUUCGAGCCGGUCAGAAUCUCAGCCUGCCGGCUUGAGGAUGCUGCUGCAGUUGUCCAGCGAAUCAGCUAUGGUUUCGCUGUUCCGCGAGGAAGCCCCUUUGAUACUCACUUCCACACACGGCAGUUGCUUCCUAUUCUGGAAUGGUAUCCGAAUCGCCAGUGUAAAAGGCUACGCGGUCGGCCAGACGCUGCAUAUCUAUUGUUCCUCAUGCCUCAACUUUAGCGGAUGGAUAGUUCUUGGUCACCCGGUGGACCGCUUCCAGAAGAGCAAGAAUUUCGUUGGAUCACUCAGUCGAGUGUCGGUCUGGAACCGGCUGUUGUCGUUCCAAACCGAAAUCGCGAAACUGGCUGAAAGUUGUGUGGGUGCUGACGACCUAACGACCGGUCUCUUGGUGGCGUGGAUCGGCUAUUUUCGAGUGGUCGGCGACAUCGAAUCAGUGUUCCCGUCACAGUGCGGCUCUAAGGCCUCGUGCACUGUCAGGGACCAACCGACUGAAAUCUGUGAAGGAAAUGCAAUGGCUAGGGAUAGGUUAACUCCUGAAGUGCUGUCUUGCUCGUCAGACAUUUUCGUGGAAACGCCCACAAAGUCGAAGACGGUAUUCUGGACUGAGCCUGUGUUCUCAGACGCCAACAACAUCGUUCGAGUGGAGCGUAACUUCGAGCCAGGAACCUCGUUCGCCCUUGGAACUUAUACCGUGAUCUACGUUGCAUACGACGACAAAGGAAACACAGCUGUGUGCUCGUUUCGUGUUCACGUUCUGAGAACGUUCUGCCCAACAGUACCUGAUCCGAUCCAUGGUUCGAGCAUUUGUAGCACUUGGGGCCCGGGUCUGAGGUUUAAAUCUUGCACCGUUCGCUGUGAGCCAGGUUUCGCGUUUUCUACUCCGGUACCGUCGUUCUACACAUGUGGUCCAGAUGGCGAAUGGAUGCCCCAUACCCGAAUUGUGCUCGUAUGUUCGUUCUCUGGUGCUACUCCACAGCCGUCUUCAACUACUUCGUUUUCAGCUCUGUCACCUGCCGUCCGUCUACUCGCCUUGACCAUAGCAUACCCCUCUCAAUUCAAGUGCAACGUGGCCGGCAAACAGGCUCUUGCGUCGAAAGUGUUGAAAGAGAUUCGUGACAUUGGAAACGAAUGGCGCCUAUGCGCUCCAAGCGAUCCGGUGGUGAAUUUGAAGACAGGUGAGAGGGCUCCAGCGAUGGACGUUCUGCGGCAUAACAUUAUGAUCAAAAACAAGUUUAAUUUCGGCAACACGCUGUCCAACGGCCAGCCGGACUUGCAUACGGUAAAAAUAAGGAAUGUCUUCCGCUGUACGAUGGGCCAAGUCCUCAUUGGUGAAAACUGUGCCCCAUGUGCGGUCGGCACCUUUUAUAAUCCGAUGACAUCCCAGUGUGAAUUCUGCCCUCGAAGUACCUUCCAGAGUAAACUUGGACAGCUUCAGUGCGAAAGCUGUGGCGAAGGUCUUACGACGACGGAUGUUGGCUCGACCGAUUCGUCUCAAUGCGUCGAAUCAUGCCAGCCAGGCAGCUUCUACAACCUGACAUCGAAGGCGUGCGAACAGUGUGGCUAUGGCUUCUAUCAGCCCUCUGCUGGAAGCUUCAGCUGUCUGUUCUGUGGCCCCAAAAAGUCAACCUACCGCAAAAAUAGCCAAUUUUUGGAAGAAUGCAAAGAUUCCUGCGCAAACGGUACUCAGUUGACGGAAACGGGAGAGUGCGAAGAAUGUCCUCGAGGAACGUUCAGAGAGCAGAGCUCAUUGGGUAAUUGUUCAGCAUGUCCUGCCGGAUUCACAACUGCAUCGACCGGUUCAAAAACCAUAAAAAAAUGCGAUAUUCGUAAUAUCUUUUUGACACUAGAUUCCUGUUCUUAUUCACUGUUUAUAGCGAUUUGCAUAAAAGGCCAAUUCCUCGAUUCAUCUACAAAGAUGUGCCGACUAUGCGAAAAGGGAAUGUAUCAGGAUCAGCUGCUUCAAGACAAGUGUAAAAAUUGCCCUCCUGAUCACACGACGGCAGAACGAGCAACAAACUGUGACAAACAAUUAGUCCUGGACGCGGCUCUAGUGUCUGCAGAAACUCUGUGGUCUUCCCAAGCGAUCCCUUGACC